CGCAGACGGCACUACUCAGUGUGUGUGCGGAAGUAAACAUGGCACCGACUUGGGAAGCGACGAAGAAUCAUAGCGAUAGAGAAAGGUUACUUUUUUUUCCUCAUUUUCCUUCCGUUUCGCUUUUUUCUCUUUGUUCCGAUGAUUAUCUCGCUGUCGAACGUUCGCUCAGAGUCAUUGAGAAAACGGUUGGUCAUUGUUUUGCGAGACCUAACCUAAAAGGAGCAAGUCUCGAACGUCAACAGAUUUUCGCGUUCAAUUCAAAUUCGGGAUUAAAUUGAUGCUUGCGCGAGUGACCGAAUGGUGAACGAUGCUUUUUUGAGGUGGAUUUGCAUCUAUCCAGCGUACAUCAACAGCAAAAAGUCUUUGGCUGAGGGUCGCAAGCUUACGAAGGAAAAGUGUGUGGAGAACCCCACCCAUCAAGAGAUUCGAGAUGUUCUUCUUAGUGUAGGGCUGAACGUUGGCGUAGAGAACAAGCUUCACCCAAGGGAACGCAGCAAGGAGCUCUUGUACCGUGGACGCAUUCGUGUACAGUUAAAGAACAACGAUGGUACUCCUUUCAAUCCAGACUUUCCCUCGAGAGAUUCGCUUUUGUCUUUCUUGGGGACUAACAUUCCAAAGUUGAAGAGUAGGCAAGGAAAGCAGGCUGCUGGAGAGCAGUCAGCUCAACAAAGCUCUGCUAGUACAUCAAAGAAGGGCAAGGGCAAGGGCCGAAGAUGAAGUGUUCAAGAGGUGUUAAAUAAUCUUAUCAUCAAGUUUGUUGUAGGGUUUUUAUACUGGAAAUAUAUUGUCAGCUGUCAUUGUAUAUUACCAUGUUAAUACUGUGAUUCGCGUCAAUACAGUGCAGAUCUACAACUUUAUAGAUUCUUUGGGUUUUGCAAUUUGUGUGAAAGAUUAUUUAUAUCAGUUAUGUAUGAGAACAUACAACCAAUUAAAACUAGGAAAUUUCAACUCUUUAUUUAUUUUUUUUUUCACAAAUAGCAAAAGUUAAAAUACUGUUGAAGUGAAUAAAUUAAGUUAACUGAUAAAAUUCACAACUACAUCAAUGGUUUAAGGAAUAAUGAGACUUCAAAGUAUGCAAAUUGAAAUAUGUGAACUUCAUUUAUAAAAUGUUUAGUUUAUUGUAACUAUAAAAGUUUCUUACAAAAUUCUUAUAUUAAAGUACAAAAGUCUAUAUUACAAAAUAUGCGUGGUUCUUAUCUGUCAUUUAACAUUAAUUACAGAAGUAAAAAUUUAACUCUUGAUUAA